UCGCGUAAUUUAUGUUCCAACUGAAAAUUUUCUCACGGAUAAUAGGUAUGAACAUGCAUUCCGUAGUAUCUCAUAGUCUCUCGUAUCUUUUAGCCCUAUUAUUGGGCAUGCUCCACCAAACAAGAUGUGAAGAAAUAGAAAAUUUCUGUUUUGAUGGCAACUAUGAAAAUCGCCGUUUAAACAAUACCCGCGUAUUGCAGUAUCUGCAUUCCAAUUCAGGACCUGAAUGCGUUUUGCAGUGUCUGAAUCGAGACAAAUGUUGUAGAUCCAUCAACUAUAAAAAAAGCUCGCAAUGUGAGAAGAACUGUGAACUGCUUUCUGAGACAGGCGCUGAAAAACCUGAACGUUUAGUUGAAGACCACGAAUAUAAUCAUUAUGUUUUGCUACAGCCAUCAAGAGAACAAACGAAAUAUUGGUGCCCUGAUUCUCCAUGCUUAAAUGGCGGUACCUGUCAAGGCGGAUGUGGAAAAAAUAACUCACGGUGCAUAUGCCCUUCUCCUUAUAGUGGAAAAUAUUGUACUGACGAGUUCUGUGCUGAUGCAUUACAAUUUCGUGGCAACAACGUUUAUGAAUAUGGAAUCCUGGACGCGCCGUCAACUAACUUGAAUUCAUUCACCAUAAGUUUUUGGAUGAAAACAACCGGAAUAUUUGGCCAAUCAGUGCUAUCAUAUGCAUAUAAAAACGGAGAAAAAAUUCGUUCUAACGGAAUACUUAUCAAUUCUCGAAAGGAGGGUUUUCAGAUGUAUUUCGAAGCACCUAGGAAAGACGCAAAAAUAAGCCCUGAUCACUUGAACUUGUACAACACUACAAAGUUCAGGCAUGUAUGCAUCACGUGGCAAUCCUCUGAUGGGCAGCUCGUUAUUUACCUGGAUGGCAUUCAUAAUUAUUCAACGACCACUCUAAAUGGGAGUAUUAUUCGAGGUGGGGGGAAAUGGGUUAUUGGGCAGGACCAGGAUAAGCUAGGAGGUGGUUUUGAAGCAGGUGGUUCGUUUGCUGGCGAACUGGUUGGAAUCCAUAUCUGGGACAAAAUACUUUCUUAUGCUGAAAUUGAAAAGAUUUCCUCCUCCUGUCGUGAGACUGCCAAAGGAAAUUAUGUGGCGUUCAGUGAUUUUAUUAUCUACGGAAAUGUUACCAGAUAUCGACCAGAUUGUUGCAACAUAACCUUUGGUAACUGAUUUUCUCCAGCGUGAAUAAAUUUUUGGAUACUGAUCAUUCGAGAGGAUUACAAUAUUCUAUAUAUCUUUUGUAAUCAAAGGCAAAUAUUGCAAUUUGUUUGGCUAAGAGAAGAUAAAAUAAAUUUUGCCAAAAUAAACAAAAUGGCGGAAAUGUUAUGUGCACAUACAAGCUAAACAGCCCUGGAAGAACUAAAAAGGCCAGGAAGAUAAAAUAAAUUAUUGACAAAAAGUACAAAGAAAGUUUGGCAAGAGACUAUGAUGAUUGCAUCUGAAAUUACGUCUUGCAGAUCUCGAUAAAGAGCUUUAAAUAUUUUACAAAAAAUAUCAUACACUUUUCGUACAUUCGGCCUCUCAGCGAUUCAAUAAACUAGUUAUAUAGGGAUUAUUAGUUUGGGAUAAUUAUGUUUUAAAACUUGGCCAUUGGACGAGAUGCUGGGGCUAGUACUAUUAUCACGAAUGCUAUCAUUAUGAAUUUUUGCAUGAUUAUAAAAAAGCUUAUAACUUGUGAAUUAGUUUUAUUACUUUUAUUGGACAGAUAAAGUAUACAGUACGUCGCUUAGUGACCGAAUGUACGAAAGAUAUACAAUGAUUUUCGUGAGAUCCUUUCAACAGGAAAU